AUGAAGAUCAUCAAACUCAAAAACAAGACCCCCCAAACCCCACCCUCCUCCUCAAUCCAAACCGUAGCAUCAAUCGACCAUCUCCUAACCCUAAUCCUCCUCCACCUCCCCAUCAAAUCCCUCACCCGUUUCAAACUCGUCUCCAAACACUUCCACUCCCUCAUCGCCCACCCCAACUUCCCCCUCCUCCUCCACCCCACCCCACCCCCACCCACCGCCCUCCUCUUCCCCCUCCCCACCCCUUCCCGCCAAAACCAAACAUUCAAAUUCAUCCCCUUAUCCACCCCCACCCCCCCACCAUUCAAACACCUAUCCUUCACCAAUGACCCCCAAGGCAUCACCAUCACCCACUCCUGCAACGGCCUCAUGCUCUGCCGCAGCUUCCGCGGCCACACCGCCUCCCACCGCCACUACAUUUACAACCCCACGACCAAAAUGUUCUCGAAACUUCCGAAACUCGAACCUCAACCGGGCCUUUCGUCGAGAAUACUUGGCAUGAGCCUUGCAUUCGACCCCGCCAAAUCGCCUCAUUACAAAGUUGUCUCUGUUCGAGCACUCGUGCUCGAAUCGGACUCUGACGAGCUCCAAUUCCAAAUUUUCGUCUACUCGUCCGAGAAUGGCCCCUGGAGGGAAUGCGGCGAGCCCUUCGCAGCGCAAGUCCAUUUCGAAACUGGAGUGCAUUGGCGCGGCGCGAUCCAUUGGAUCAGCCCGAAGCACGGGCAAGACUCGUUGUACUUUAACCCGGAUGAUCAUGAUCCAACCGUUAAGAUCUUGCCGUUGCCUCCGAUCCCACGUCAAUGGGAUUGGAGGAGCAACUAUUAUUUUGACGAGUCGGGUGGCCAUCUGCAUUAUAUAGAGGUACUGGGGUCGAUGAAUCGGUUCAAUGUGUAUGAAAUGAAAAAUGAUUACUCGGAGUGGUUUGUCAAGUAUGAGGUUGAUCUGUCAGCUGUUAUUGCUGCUCAUCCGAGGAUGAUUAGGGAUUAUUGCGAUCCCGGGGAUUGGUACUACUAUGCCUACUCGGUGUUCUUACACUACGACGACUUCCUGGUUUUAAAGAUUCCCGGGAAGCUAAUAAAGUAUAGUGUUGUGGAUCAAACGUUUGAGGUUCUACAUGAACAUGAUGAAGAUGAGGAGGAGAAAUGGUGUUUGGAGCAUCCAAAUUCGAAUGGGUUUCAGUACAUUGAGUCACUAUAUUGUGUUUGAAAACGAUGACAACGUGUUUAAGCCAAUAUGAUCGUUUCUGGUCAUUUUGAUAAUUUGAAUUGUCAUAUAAUUUAGGUGUGUUUCUCUCCAAGGGGUUUGAAGAAUCUAAGUUAUAGUCUGAAUUUAAUUUGAAUUUUAAAGUAAGAUUGAAUUUUUAUGUUUGUCUAGGUGUAUAAGUUGGGUUUGAAUUUGAGAAGUUUUUACGAGUAUUGAUUUGAUAUGUGAUAAAUAUACUACUCCCUUCGUCCCAUUUAAA